AUGUGUGUAGCCCUGCAGAACAGAAAAACCUUCUGGCUGCUGCGGAACAGGAAGCAGGACACCUGCCUCCUCCACACCUCCACUGACAACCAGGCUCCCCCUCCUGCAGCCAGCUCCCUCGCCACGCAGCUGGGGCUGCAGCAGCUCAGCUCCAGCGCCCGGGGCAUCAUGCGGGCAGGAAGAGGACUGGUGAUCCUGCAAGAGCAGGAGCACGAGCGGCCCGAGUUCGUUCCGUACGCUCACCUCCGGAUCAGGACCAAGCCUUUCCCCUGGGGUGACGGGAACAAAACUCUAUUCCACAACCCCCAUGUUAACGCUCUCCCAACGGGUUAUGAAGAUGAACACUGA